AUGGCGGCUAAAGGCAAAUACGCCGGUGUUUUGGUAAUGGGUUUAUCGCUUCUAAUUGCCAUUGCGGCGGAAGAUCCGUACAGAUUCUUUGAAUGGCACGUAACCCAUGGUACUAUCGCACCUAUGGGCGUCAAACAACAGGGUAUAUUGAUCAACAAGAUGUUUCCGGGGCCGGAUAUUCGCUCUGUUACCAAUGAUAACCUCAUCAUUAACGUAUUCAACCAUCUCGACGAGCCUUUUCUGAUUUCAUGGGCCGGGAUUCAAAACAGAAAGAACUCGUUUCAAGAUGGAGUGUACGGAACGACGUGCCCAAUCCCGCCGGGGAAGAACUACACUUACGCUCUCCAGGUUAAGGAUCAGAUCGGAAGCUUCUAUUACUUCCCGUCGCUCGGAUUCCACAAAGCCGCCGGCGGAUUCGGAGGUAUUCGUAUCUCCAGCCGUCCACUGAUACCUGUUCCUUUCCCUCCUCCCGCCGAUGAUUACACUCUUCUCAUCGGCGACUGGUACAAGACCAAUCACAAGGCACUGAGAGCACAGCUCAACAAUGGCGGAAAGCUUCCUUUUCCAGAUGGGAUUCUCAUUAACGGUCGCGGGACCGGUGCUACACUCAAUAUCCAACCAGGUAAGACUUAUAGACUGAGAAUAUCAAAUGUAGGAUUAAAAAACUCGCUCAACUUCCGCAUCCAGAACCACGCGAUGAAGCUGGUUGAGAUCGAAGGGACACACACUAUUCAGAACGUAGUCUCUUCGCUUGAUGUUCACGUUGGUCAAUCUUACUCGGUCCUCAUAACGGCGAACCAGCCUGCAAAAGAUUACUACAUUGUGGUCUCUACUAGGUUUACCCCAAAGGUUCUCACCACCACAGGUGUUCUCCAUUACAGUAAUUCUGCUCGACCUGUUUCUGGACCUAUUCCCGCUGCUCCCGCUCCCAUGAGCUGGUCUUUUAGCCAAGCUCGAGCUAUCAGGACUAACCUCACAGCAAGCGGACCAAGACCAAACCCACAAGGUUCAUACCACUAUGGUAUGGUAAAAGUCACCAGAACCAUCAGACUUGCUAACUCUGCUGGACAGAUCAAAGGCAAGCAACGUUACGCUGUGAAGAGCGCAUCGUUUUACCCAUCAGACACCCCUCUAAAGCUCGCGGACUACUUCCAUAUCAACGGUGUAUACAAGCCUGGAGGCAUAUCUGAUCAGCCCACAAAUAAACCAAUAUUCCCUUUCACAUCUGUCUUGCAGGCUGAUUACAGAGCCUUUGUGGAGAUUGUUUUCGAGAACGGGGAAAAUAUUGUUCAAAGCUGGCACCUUAACGGUUACUCUUUCUUCGUUGUUGGAAUGGAGCUUGGGAAGUGGAGUCCUGACAGUAGGAAAGCCUACAACCUAAACGACGCAGUUUCACGAUGCACUGUUCAAGUGUAUCCAAGAUCAUGGACAGCUAUAUACGUAGGACUAGACAACGUAGGAAUGUGGAACUUGCGAUCAGAGUUGUGGGAAAGACAAUACUUGGGACAGCAGUUUUACAUGCGUGUCUACACGACCUCUACUUCUCUUAGAGAUGAAUACCGAAUCCCAACGAACGCUCUUCUUGUGGUAGGGCCAAUGGACGCCCGCGACAAAGCACUGCUUUUGAGUGACGAUAGUGUUUAG